CACCCAAUAACAUCCUUUCUCUUCAGUGUUAACGGAAAUGAAAAGUGACCUAGAACAAUUACCACGUUAGUGUUGUUAUUUAGACGUUUAUUAAAACCCUGGAACUCAAACUAUGACUAAUUUAACUGCACAGCAUCACAUACUUACAAGGUAGUGUUUAAUUCGCGUUGAAGACAGGGCAUGUUUGAUAGAUGUUAUCUAGGUAGCGCUAGCUAGUUGCUAACAAUGGCUAACUGUAUGGUUUUUCACACUCAAAUAGCCUCCAUUAUGGAGGUGCUAGCGAAUGCAGCCGUGGCAGACAUCUGUAAACUCGUAGACGACGACUAUGCAGUGUUUCGUUUGGAAAUUUCUCAAAGCCAGAAAGAAAACAGGGCAUUGCGAAGGAAACUACAGCUAUUCGAACUGAAGAUGGCACGGGAGCGCGUCCUCACCAGUCGUCCCAGUAGUGUCAAGAUCCUCGACCGAUACAGAGGAAUGGCAAGAGGACAGCUCACUGGAGGCAAUAGGAGCUUUGUGAAGCCAGUGGGACACAAUACAUGGAGAGAUGACCAACCAGAUACUGUUGAUGAGGGGAAUGGAGAGUCAACCCAGCAUGUUAUCGUGAUAGAGUCUGCAGAUGCAGAGGCUGCAGGUCUUGGGGUCAAGCAGCACAGGUCUGAAGGAGAGGAGGGCCUGAGGCAAAGCGGAGACAUCCAGACUGGAGUGGCUGGAGCGCCCUAUGAAGCCAUGGAGGACCCCACCACCUCUGCGCCCCAGACAAGGACCCGACGUAGCGUCACGGAGGAGGAGGGUCUAGAGGUGCUGCUGGUGAAGGAGGAGGGGUGUGAGGAGGGUUUAGGGAAACUGGAGGGGACCAUGUUCAUGGAGGACAACCAGACUACACCUCCUCCUGAAUCCACAGAGGAACCAGCUGAGCAGCACAGGACCACACACAGUCUCACUGAGUCAGUAGACAUGGAGGAUGGGAAGCCUGAUCUGCAGCUGGUCAAAGAGGAGACAAUAGAAGACGGACCAGAGAGCAUUGACCUGCUGACUGGAUUAAAGAUGGGGGAGCAAGUUAGUUGGCUGGAGGCUAACAGAGAAGACUGGGCAACCAUCUUGGAUUACCAGACCCAGGCGGGUGCAGCCAAGGGCCUAAGGGACAACAUCACUGAGCAGGCCAGGACCAGAGGUGACAUAGUGGAGUCAGUAGACAUGGAGGAUGGGAAGCCUGAUCUGCUGCUGGUAAAAGAGGAGACAGUAGAAGACGGACCAGAAAGCAUUAAUCUGCUGAGUGGACUAAAGAUGGGGGAGCAAAGUGGUUGGCUGGAGGCUAACAGAGGAGACUGGGGGGCCAUCUUGGAUUCCCAGACCCAGACUGGUGCAGCCAAGGGCCCAGUGGACAACAUCACUGUGCAGGCAAGGACCAGAGGUGACAUAGUGGAGGUCAGCGGAUGGGACAGCGUCCUCAACUCUGGGCUGGGGAACAACAUUGUUGACCACUACCAGAAACAGACAGUUGAACACAAAACAACAGCUGAACUUAGUCUCCAUGACAACAGACUGGCUGAGACGAGGGCGAGACUUAGAUUUGGUCUGCGGGGAAGUGUUCAUAUGCAGCUGGAGAGAACAGACACAGACUCGGCUAGCGAUGCUCUGUCCUGCUCCUAUAGUUGUGAUUCAGAGAGACUGAUGGCACCUCAGGUUAACCCCCUAACAGAUGCUGCCUUCAGCCUGCCUUCUAUAGGAUCUAUCAAUUGGAACAUGGACCCUGCAACAACACAGACACUCCCUGGCCUUCAUCCUCCUCACACUCUCCUAAUGUUAAACCAAACCUCAGACAAUGCCAGUGCCUCAACACUAAAUGGCUACACAAGCCUAUUGACAAAUGACAGUAGUAGUAAUGCUAUCAACAGAUCUUGUGGCAAAGAGAAACGCUUCCUGUGUUCGUUCUGUGGGAAAGCCUUCAGUUUUCCCCAACAGGUGGAGAUCCACCAGAUGAUACACACAGGGGAGAAACCUUUCGGCUGCCACCUGUGUCGGGCCAAUUUCUCCCACUCCUCCAAGCUGAAGAGGCACCAGAGAGUCCACACAGGGGAGAAACCAUACAGCUGCCCCCAGUGUGAUAAGAGGUUCUCCCACCAGCACCACCUGAAGAGGCACCAGAAGGUCCACACGAGAGAGAGGCCGUUUGCCUGUACGCACUGAAAAUGCAGAAAAUACAUACAGUGCGUGUAUAAUGUAGAACUAGUUAGAUUGUAAUGAAUUCUGUUGGAUUUGGAUGUAUAGGAAAGUGGAUGAGGUGAACUGAGGAUGAUGAGGCAGAGUAGAUGAUUAUGGUGAUGAUUGGUGUGAUGGUGUCUGUAAAAAUGCUUUGUCCCUUUAGGUUGAUACUGUUUUAUAGUGAGAUAAUGACAGUGCCUUAAUUAAUGUUUACUUGACGUGAUGUCUUGAAGCUGUGUGUAAUGUAAUGUUGAACCUUUUCCAAAGUAUUCUAAAAUGAAUGUUUUCAUUUAUCGUUUUGUGCAAUAAAAGUAAUGUAGUUUA